UAAACGCGCUUACACGAGCGAGAAACGGAGGUGUGUGACAAGAUCUCCCUAUUCUGCGCCUGGACGUCCAAACCUUGAAGAGAAACAAAGUCAUAGUAAAAUACAUUUUAAAAAUCAAGACAAGGAAAGGGAGACCGUUUCAAGGAGGAAUGCUAACGGAUCACUUUGCACCGGCAAACGCUCACACUACUCUGAUCAAUUUGUAAUAAUUCAGCCGCCGCUUUCACACGGUGAAGGCAAUGCGUAAAGUUGCAUUCAGAAGUUGGUGAAAGUUGUCAUCCUGGUGAGCAGAUAAUAGGACGGAGAUGUUCAGUCCAUUAUGGGGUUUCUAAUGUGGAUGUAGAAUAUAAAUCUUGGAAGAGUCUUCGGAUGACCGACGCAUUUUGGAUGUUACCUUUGUUUUGGGGCUAUUCUCUGAGAUUCCUUAGAGGCGGUUGCAAUACAAAACAAUAAAAAAGGAUUCCUCUCAGGUGGCACAUCUGCCAUGUUCGGAUGGAUUAGAUUUUUACUAUAACCAAGAUUAUCAAGAAAUUGUUGUUUUUUUUUUGUGUGUUUUUUCUUUAUUAUUGUGUUUGAUCCAAACGACAGCUGAAAUUUUAGUACAACUGUCCAACUCACCUUCGGAAUUACAAUCAUGAACAUUGGCAGUUUUGUACAAUUAUUAUUUGCAGCGCUUCUUCAGCUUCAUUUGUAUGCAGUUAAGACAGCCCACAUACCCAAGAACGGGGAGAAGAGUAAACAUGACGUGGUCCCGUUCAUGGACGUGUAUAACAAGAGCAUGUGUCGGACACGGGAGAUGCUGGUGAACAUCUUCCAGGAGUAUCCAGAUGAGAUUGAGCACACCUACAUCCCCUCGUGCGUGGUGCUCAUGCGCUGCGCUGGAUGCUGCAACGACGAGGCGCUCGAGUGUGUCCCCACGGAAACAAAAAACGUUACCAUGGAGGUAAUACAAGUGAAACAGAGAGUAUCGCAGCAUAAUUUUCAGUUAAGUUUCACAGAACAUCGAAAGUGUGAAUGCAGACCAAAGCCAGAAGUUAAGGCAAAGAAAGAAAACCACUGUGAGCCUUGCUCAGAGAGAAGAAAGCGCUUGUUUGUGCAGGACCCUCUCACCUGUAAAUGUUCCUGCAAAUUCACACAAUUAGACUGCAAGUCAAGACAACUUGAGUUAAACGAAAGAACUUGCAGAUGUGACAAACCAAGGAGAUGAGAUGAGAUGAGGAGAGGGAGAGUGGGACAAUGAAAUGAAGGAAUAUUUUCUUGGCACAGCACUUUGAAACCUGAGGACGCAUUCCCUGGAUGGACAGAAAAUUACAACGCAAGAAAGAACGAGCAAUCGAGAACGAUGGAGAGAGACUGAGAUAACAACAUGCUGUUGUAUAUUUCUAAGAUAUAUAUAUAUAUAUAUAUAUUCUAAAAGGACAAUGACGAUGUGUAUUGCUGCUAUGAAAAAUGAAACAUUAUAAAGCGAACGAAUGCGCCACUGUCUGGCGUGUGAAUUGGACAAAUGUUUAGUUGCCAGGGUGUUUGGGCCUGAACGUGGAUAGGACAGAGUUUGUCAGAAUACAUUUUAUUUUAUUUAACACUUCACUGGAUCUUGGUCUGCUGUGGAUAUGAGUAUCUUAAAUAUAGCUAUAUAAAAAUGAAGCGAAAUUGUGACCAUAACUUCACUGAGAGGUGCAACGGGAACAUGUUUCUCCUCGGACCUCUGAAGGUCUAGAGAACUGUCAGAAAGCAGAACUACUUCCUCUACGGGGUGAAGUUUUUGUCACCACUGUAUCGACUAACACCAGAUAGGACUCGGUGUGAGAAUACUUCUAAAGGGAUAUUAAAUGUAGGUAUAUAUGGAGACGAGAGAAUACUGAACUUGAUUCCAUCUUCCGCCAAGGAACAGUGGCAUUUAACUCACCACUGUCAAAAUCAAUGAUCUCUAUUUGCUUUGUUUAAUGUCUUCAUUUGUUUUCCAAAGAUAUAAUUGCACACACACAUUAAAGAAUAGUCCAUUAUAGAAAAAAUAACGAUGUGUAUAUACUUACCUAAUAUCCCUUCGUGGGGCGGCAGCGUAGCCUAGUGGUUAGAGCGUUGGACUAGUAACCGGAAGGUUGCGAGUUCAAACCCCCGAGCUGACAAGCUACAAAUCUGUCGUUCUGCACCUGAACCCACUGUUCCCAGGCCAUCAUUGAAAAUAAGAAUCUGUUCUUAACUGACUUGCCUGGUUAAAUAAAGGUAAAAUUAAACUUAAAAUAGUACACUACAUCUAAUUUAUAAUGCUAGAAUAUUUUCAGUAUUCUGUGCAUUUAAUUUAUAUAUUUAUAUACAGUGUUAUGGUCGAUAUUGAUUUUACUUCUUCACUUGGCAAUGUUAUCACCAAUCUGUUUGGAAAACAUUGAAAACUGUAGACGUAUUUCUUUUCUUUUUUUUUUAAAGAAGGAAAAAAAGAACAGAAAGAUAAAACUUCAACAUUUCCUGAAAAUGAGAUAUUGUAUGUUUUGUUGGGCUAGAGGGGCCGGGAGCAUGUGUCUUGAUUUUGUUACAAACGAACCCCGCCACAAACAUGUUUGUAAAAAGACGCACAGCCAACGUUGCAGUUUUAAGCUCGAGUCGGGACAUGUGUUUUUGUACUUGAGUGCCCGAAGACACGUCAUGAGGAGGACUGAGGGCGUCCCACUGACCUUGGUCAUCUUGGGCAAACUCCACAGUGAGAGACUGAGACUCUGGCCAGCCCAGUUUAGCCAGAACAGGACUUGACAUAGUGGGGAACCAGGAGCAGUAGAGGGAGAUGAUGCUCUCUACCCUUUUAUGAAAAAAAGAAACAUUCUAUUUGUAUUUCAGUGUCAGAAAUACUUUUUUGUUUGUUGUAUCAUGUACAGACACAUUUUUAGUAUAUUUUCACAUUAAUAUAUUUAUUGGUGCUGUAAAAUUAUCCAUUUUACAAUAGUAACAUCAUUUUUUGUUUUUAGUGUAACUAUUAACUAUAUUUAUUUAGAAAAUAUAUUGUUUUUUAUUAAACAGAAAAUGAAGAUCUC